AUGUCCACGCCGUACGGCUCCGUGCCGGCCUUGGACGCGUCGCAGCAGAGCAAAGGCUACGGCGUCUCCAACUCAGACUUCGCGCACGGCAAUCCGACCAUGAGCUCGCCGCUGGGCCAAUCCGCCGUGCAGCAUCACGCUGGCUUCAACGACGACCACGACGAGAGCCUCAACACGACUGCCGCCGGCCUCAACCGAUCCGCUUCUCGCGCUUCGCAGACUUCCACGGCGAUAGGCGGAGGCGGAGGAGGCGUUUCGCGCAACAACACGCUCAGGAAGAAGAGCAGCGUGCGACGGACCGCCAGCUUGAAGCGCAGCUCCAGCAAACGCAGCCUCAAAGCCGGCAGUCUGAAGGGGUUCGCGGGGCAUACCGGCGACAGCGAGGACUUCCACAGCGCAUUCUUCACGCCCGUACCGACCAGUGGAAGCCCCACCGAGGUGCUCGCGAAUCGCUUCCAGGCAUGGAGACAGCUGCUCAAGUCGCUCAUCACCUACUUUCGCGAGAUUCAGAAUUCCUACGACACCCGAGCCAAGGCGCUGCACAAGGUGCAGAACACGCUGUCCAACAUCACGCAUCCGUCCAUCUUCAUGAGCGAGGAGGGACUCGGCGAUGCCUCGCGCAUCCUCGAGGACUACCACAAGAGGUCGAUUCAGGAGGCCAACAAGUCCAAGGAGAUUGAGAACGACGUGAUUGGUGCUCUGACCGGCCUGCGCAGUGACCUCGGGCAGAAGAUCAAGGAGAUCAAGAGCUUGAAUGGAGACUUUAAGAACUCGGUGGAGAGGGAGAAGGAGAACACGCGCAGGGAAGUGGAGAAGCUGCAGGAAGCCUUGCAGCAUGCGGACCACGAGGAUGCAGGGGCCCACGGGAAGAGUGACCCUUAUGUUGUCAGGCUUGGUGUUGAUAGGGCAAUUGAGAAGCAGAUUGAUGAGGAGAACUACCUUCACCGGGUAAGAAAUCAGGAAGGCGAUGGCAGAGGGGGAGAACCGUGACUGACGGGUGACAGGCAUACCUGAAUCUGGAGAGUUCGGGGCGUGAGCUGGAGUCUAUCGUGGUGGGUGAGAUUCAGAAGGCGUACAAUGCUCUUGCCGGCAUCCUGAAGCGCGAGGGCGACGAUGCGUACCACGCGGUCGAGGCCCUGCGCACGGGACCGAUUUCGAUGCCAAAGGACCAUGAAUGGUACGAGUUCGUCACGCAUGAUCCCCACUUUGUCGACCCGAGUCUGCCCCUCCGACGCAUUGAAGACAUUGAGUACCCUGGCAAGCAUGACCCUGCCGCGACGGAAAUCCGUGCUGGAAUGCUCGAGCGCAAGAGCAAGUAUCUCAAGUCCUACACUCCCGGGUGGUAUGUGCUUUCACCGACGCACCUGCACGAGUUCAAGUCUGCGGAUAAGAUCUAUUCGCAGCCGCCGGUGAUGUCUCUCUACCUGCCGGAUCAGAAACUCGGCUCCCACUCCGAGCGAUCGUCGUCGAGCCACAAGUUCAUGCUCAAAGGUAAACAGUCUGGUGGCAUGCACAAGGGACACAAUUGGGUAUUCCGUGCCGAGUCGUACGACACCAUGAUGGCUUGGUUUGAGGACAUCCGAAUGCUGACCGAGAAGACUGGGGAGGAGCGUCAAGCUUUUGUUCGCAAGCACGCUAGGAGCGUAAGCGGCAACAGCGAGCGUGGCACUGUGAGCAGCGACGGCAUUGAGGAUGACGAGGCUGACCAAACCCCUUACUCUGCGGACGUCAAUAGCCUGGCCGAGCAAAAUCCACCGGAGCAAAAGCCACAACGGCCGCAGCCAGGUGAGUGAGUGCUGCCCCUUUCGUUGCGUUGCGGCUCCCUAGGAGCACCGGAUGGUGGCUGACUUGGCCCUUUUCGCCGUAUUUCAGGCGGCCGAUUCCCGUCUGAUUUGGUUCUGCGCAAGGCUGGCACCACGAGUUCGACCAACGAGGGCACCGUGUCCUCGGAGGACGACGAGCCGAAUGUCAUUGCUGCUGCAGGCGCGAUCCCCGGCUUUUCCCAACGCGACUUUGGCGAUAAAGAUCCGUACCAUAUGGAAGGUGUCCGAUCUGGAUCUGCUCUGAGCCACCACCCGGAUGACGACCGCGCUCUACUUCCUUCUGCUGCCCAUAUCGCUCCCGUGCAGACGCAGACUUUUGCCCUUCCGAAUGGCCCUCAGCAGCCCGUCAAUCAGCAACAGCCGUCUUCUUUUUUAGGGAGUGAGCCAGCAGCCGCACCGGAAUCCGAAUGGCUGGCUGGCGCUCCUGCUUCCAACCCGAUCAGGCAUAACAGCUCGUAUGGAGAUUGGAUGGCUCCUACUGCUGCUGCUGCGGGUGUCGCUGGUCUCGGAGCGGGUGCUCUUGGAGCGGAGGCUGUCAGGAAACAUCAGCCCGGAGAUGCACAGCCUGCGAACGACAUGACACCUUCUGGACCGAACCGGCAACCAGCUUCUACCGUGAGUCCCGUCGGUAGCGCAGGAGGUCCUACGACUGUCACUGGUGAUGAACCUGCCACGGUCGGCGACGUUGCCGCCCUGCCACUCGGCGGCAACGAAGUCGCCGGAGCGCACGAGACGGGGGCGUUCUUUCCCCGGGUUGUGAGACAUGAUACGGACAUCAGUGUCAGUAAGUUGCACGUCCCCGGGGAGUAUCCCAAGCGUGGAUAG